UCUACACCUGUAUGUAAAACAUUUUUUGGGUUAACUCUUACAGUGUAUUAAGUGUAAUUAACUGUAACAGUGUUAUAGGUUGUAGCUUUUAUUUGUUGUUAUUUUAUUCUCCUAUAAAUAAUCAGAAAUAAUGAAUAAAAUAAUAAAUAGUAAUAAAAGACCAGAAAUAAUCAGGUGUAGAAUUAGGCAUAAUUUAGGGAUAUCAUUUGUUUAAUAAUACUUUUAAGAUUAAAUUCAACACUGUUAACGCAAUACUGUGGGUUUUGCUCACACACACACACACACACACACACACACACACACACACACACACACACACAGAGAGAUAGGAUAGAUUGUGGAUAGGAAAUAACAUAAAUGUUUUGAAAAUAUAAAGAUGGUAGUGUUAAAGUGGAACAACUAUAAAAACUAAAGCGUUGCAAGGAUCCUGAGUAAAGAGAAAUAAAGACGUGCAACAUUCUCUAUCAAGGCACAAGACCUCAGGCUUUUUGUACAUAUGACAGGGUGUGUUUAGUUCUUAUUCCAGCUGUGUGAACUUGCCUUCUUGGGUUUGGGUUUGAAAUGCCACCAAGUGAAAAUCUUCAGGCUUAGUUGAAUUGCAUAUGUUUUUAUGUUACUCAAGAGUAUUUAAAAAAAAAAAAAAAAAAAAACAUUUACACUGAUGAACAGAAAAUGGUAGAGUCUCACAAUUUAGAAUAUUUAGAACACACUAGUUUAUCAUUAACUAAUUAGUGGGUAGCAAAGUAUGCACUCGCUUUUUAAAUAAUCCUGCAGCUCUUUUCUACUUUAGUUUGAAUCAGGUUCUCCUGUCACACUUUGAAAUUUCUCAGAUUUUGUUAAAAAGCUGCAUCGCUACAAGCUUUCGUUUAAAUUAUUAUAAGCGCUAUACCCAAAAUUAUUCUUGGAAACGCCAACACAACAAGAGUUUCUGUGCCAUAACAUGGUUGUAACUAACAUCUUUCUAUAACAGGGUUUUGUCUGUGUGUGAAUCAACCUGUUUAAAAAAAAAACCAAACAACACAGAAAACACUUCAGUCAGAUUGCUUAUUGCACAGCUAAUAAUAAUCAUUUUUUAAAAAUGGAAACCAGUCCUGUUCUCUCUAAGAAUUCCCCAUGCCUAUCUUUGGGGGGAAAAGUAAAUAUUGUGUAAAACUCAUGAAUGAUUCACAAAGCUCAACUCCAGUGUUGAGUCAACUCCAGUUAUAGAUAUUCCUGUUCUCAGGGCGGGGUGUUCUCACACACACACACACGCACGCACACACGAUCACAUGUCUGGACAGGGCACCUCUUUAAAGCUUGCACAGACAUGUGAUUGUUUAAUAGGGAUGUUGAUUUUCUCUUCAGUUUCAGAUCUCCCUGCUUGGGUGAUCCCCGGUAUGGAUUACUUCGCUCCCCGAUCCUUCUGGAUCCUUCUACUUGCCAUGGUUGUUGCAGUUGUGCCUGGCUCAAUGGGGGCACCACAGGGCUGCGGCUCCAACGUGAGCUCUCUCUACUAUAACCUGUGUGACGUUACUGUAGUUUGGGGCAUCGUGGUGGAGGCAUUUGCCUCUGCCGGAGUGUUGGUAUGCCUAAUACUGCUGAUGGUUCUCUUUGCCAGCCUGCCAUUUAUGCCAGAUAGCAGACGGCGCAAGUCAGUACCGUUGGACGCUGGCUUACUUGUGGGUGCUCUUGGCCUCUUUGGACUGGCAUUUGCCUUCAUCGUGGGCCAGGACUUUUCCACAUGUGCCUCACGCCGCUUCCUGUUCGGCGUGUUGUUUGCAGCCUGCUUCUCCUGCCUUCUUAUGAAAACCAUCAAUCUGAACAUCCUGUCCAGGAACAACAAGGCACCGCCAUCCUGGGCACUGUGCCUUGGAGCCUUGGCGCUUUGGUUGGUCGAAGUGAUCAUCAACACAGAAUGGAUGAUUAUCACCAUGGUCCGCCAGCCCAUUAACGUCAGCUCCAAUCUGCCUGUGCCAUGCUUGAUUACCAACGAAGACUUUGUAAUGUCUCUCAUUUAUGUUAUGGUCCUGCUGGUGGCUUUCUCUGUGGCAUCAAUACUAAUCCUGUGCGGCAAGCACCAGCGCUGGCACAAGGACGGAGUCUACAUCCUGCUUACUGGAAUGUUCACACUGGGCAUUUGGGUGGCAUGGAUCGUCAUGUACACUUACGUCAACCGCACAGCUGGCACUCCAAGUUGGAACGACCCGACUCUCGCUAUAGCACUGGUGGCCAAUGCCUGGGUGUUCCUGCUGCUUUACGUGGUGCCCGAGCUGUGCCAGGUGACUGACGACCCAGAGGGGGUAUCAACUCUCCCCAUGGAUGUCUACGCAAACCAAGGCGUGGGUUACGAGAACAUCCUGAAAGAGCAAAGCUCGCAGAACAUGUUUGUAGAAAAUAAGGCCUUCUCUAUGGACGAACCCAAACCAGGUAACAAGCCAGUGUCUCCGUACAGCGGCUACAACGGACAGAUCCGCAGUUCUGUGUACCAGCCCACAGAGCUCGCGAUUAUCACAAAUGGUAAUGGCUUGCACUGGAAAUCACAGUGGUGAAUCUAGUCAAGACCUCCUGCUCUGGAUGCCUUACUAUGUUCUUUUUCUCAACAAAGUUUUUUUUUAUGUUUUCACCCUGGCCAUGGAUCUUUUCUCAGACCAAAGAAUCUUACAAGCUUCACCUUGGAAUGGCUAGGUGUUCAUUUGCCCAGUAGAGACAAUAUAUGGGCAUUUUGUCCACAGUGACCAUGAAUAGGAACUUCAACCCAGAAGAUGAGACUGCACAGUUGGAUGUGAAAGACUGUUCACGUAUUACCCAGUGGCUGUCUUAGCUACUUCAAUGCUAUGUAUUUACAUAAAGGAAAAAGAACGGAUGACGAAUGGUACUUGAUUUUGAUAUUUAAUAAUGUGAAAUAAUUAGCAUGUUAUUGGAUUGCUACACUCUCAGAAAAAAAUAGUGGCUGUACCUUUGCUUGUUGCUGGGGUGUUAACCCUCAAGAGUACAUCUUUGGUACCUUUAAUAUCUAUCUCUCACUUGUAAACAUAGAUGUAGUGGACCUGUAAAAAUGAUUUAAGGAACAUAAAUGGACAGUAAGCAUUAAAGCUACACUACAUGCAAAAAACAGUGCAAGGACAGUGUACAGGUUUUUGUCUGAGAGUGUAUGCCUGAAACUGUUACUCAUCUUCUUCAAACAGUAGUCUUUAGGUAGUGAGAGCACUGGUAUAAAUACACUACCUUUAAGUAAAAGGUAGAACUAAAAGAAAUAAGGGACUAAACUGAUCAUUUCCUGGUACAAACUCUUUUUGAUAAAUCCUCUGUACUUUUAACAUGUAUCUUUCAUCUUGUAAAGCUCAUUUAAGGUACAUAACUGGACCUUGAGGACCACUGUUGUAUCUUGAGAGCGCAUUUACUUUGUACCUUUUUUCAGGCAGUGUAGCUUCCAGCAACAUUUCUGUACAGUGGGUAUAUUAUGAUUACUGUAUUUUUAAUAUUGCCUAAUUGAAUCAAUGUCGUAUUGUAAAGUUUCAGUACUAAAUGUGUUCAGUAUUGCAACACAUUACUCACAGAAUUUUCUCCAGUGAUUGUAAUAAUUCCAGGUGAUCAACUAGACUGAAUAUGAUCCACACGUAACAUAUUUGGACAAGCAAAUAAGCCCCCCCCGAUACAUUUCAAUGGGAUUCAAAUCCGGGAUUUGUCUAGGCCAUCCCAUAACCCUCCAUUUCUUCUUUUUGAGCCAUUCCUUGGUGGAUUUGCUAGUAGGGCUGGCGAUAUGAUAGAAACACCAUAUCACGAUACUUGAGGCCAUUUCAAUGAUACACGAUACGUAUCACGGUUCUGUCACAUUGCAAGCUGUCCAGUUCCAGAAGGCAGCAAAACAACCCCAAACAAUAACAUUUUCACCACUGUGUUUCACAGUUGGUAUGAGGUGCUUCUCCUCAAAAGCUAUUUUUGGUCGGUGCCAAACAUUUCUGCUGUUACUGUGGCCAAACAACUCUAUUUGAUUCAUCUGUCCAGACUCACUCGUCUGUCCAGACAAAUCCCUUGCCAGACUCAUAGACAUCCAUAACCAUUUUCCUGAAGGCCUUAAAGAACUCUUUAGAUCUUGGCAUGAUGACACAACACACCUCAAUAACAAAUGGAACACCAGACACUAGAUAUGAGAGGGGUAUAAAUAAGACCGGUUCCACCUGCACUGCAGGUUCUAAUCACUGACACAAAAUCUUGAACACCUGAUUCUAAUUUUAUGGAUUUGAAGGUGUGAUAAAUGUAGGGGUGUACUUACUUUUUCCAUGUGACUGAUCUGUUUUUGUUAUUGUAAAAAUUAUUACAAAAUGUCAAUUUUAUGUGCCAUUUCAUAGAGUGUAUCAACUUUAUUAAUAGGCACUGUUUCAAAGACGAUCAAAUGUUUGCUUGUCCAAAUGUGUUAAAAAAGCCAACCAUUUCCAUGGGGUGUACUUAUUUUUUUCACAUAAAUAUAUCCAUAUCUCUCUCUCUCUCUCUCUCUCUCUCUCUCUCUCUCUCUCUCUCUCUCUCUUUCUCUCUCUCUCUCUCUCUCUCUCUCUCUCUCUCUCUCUCUAUAUAUAUAUAUAUAUAUAUAUAAAUAUAUAUAUAUAUAUAUAUAUAUAUAUAUAUAUAUAUAUAUAUAUAUAUAUAUAUAUAUAUAUAUUAUAUGUUCAAAAAUGUCUCCUGGUUCAUCAAUAGUUUGAUCUAUUUGUGUGUGUGUGUGUGUGUGUGUGUGUGUGUGUGUGUGUGUGUGGUUUGUUUUUCCUUUUUGUGCAGACAGUCAAAGCUGCCUGUGUGUGAAAGUUUCAACCUGAUUGUUAGGACAGCAUGAAGAUAAGAUCCAAAACAGAAACGUAUCAAAUGGAAAAAUUCCCGUCUGUCAUAGUCAGUACCCACACUAUUUACAUAGCCACAGUAGAUAAGUCUCACUUUCCUACCUACAGGCUUGGAUGAGUCUGUCAGAGUGAGCAGAUUGCAGCAUAAGGUUUUUUAAGGGCAACCAAUUACAUUUAGUAUUUCCAUUUAACGCUUUUCUAUAAGUUAUAAAUUAUUUUCUAGACAAAAUAUGGCUUUGUUAUUACUAGUAUCCUAUUAGAGCAUAUUAUUAAAGUGAGAUAUUAAUAUGGCGACCUUUAUGAAACUCUUUUCACACACUUUAUUUAUGGUGUUUAAACAUUAAACCCAGAAAACAUUCUGUUUUAAAAAAUAAUUGUAAAAACUAUAUGCCAUUUCUUAAGUAAAAUGUAUUAGACUAUGGAUAAGAAAUUAAUCACAAGGUUGAGGAUAAACAAGAGAAUGUAAAAAUGAUGUGCAGGUGGUAGAAAUUAUACAAUCGAUUAAAUACGAUUUAUUAAAUAAAAUUUUUCUCUAAUUUGAAUGUUUUAUACAAACAGCAUAAGAAUCAACGACAGAGACUAUGAUUGUCAUUCUAUACUCACUUAUAGGAGCAUUUAAACAGACGUCAUUUCUGUGUUCUGGCUCCAUCCAAACGGAGCCUGAUAUGUACUGACCUCUGCUUCAUUUUCUAACCUUGAGCAGCAUAAGCCAGCCCUUCUCUUUCUGUCUGUCUGUCCUCUCUACAUAUCGAAUGUUCAGCACUUCUGGUAAAAUGGGAAGCUGAAACUCUAGGUAAUAUAAUAGGUUCCACAUAUUUGGCCCUGCAGUAAACCACAGAACUGAGUAGAUGGAUGAGAAUGAAAACCAUCAUGAUUCCAAGAGUCCAUGAUUCCAGGAUAUUUACAUAGUCAUUUAAUUUAAUAUUUAAUGUUGAGAUUGAUUCUUUCUUCCCUGCAGCCAAAAACAACUACACAGCGUUUUAUUUCCUCUAAAACAAGCAUUAUACCAGGUCAAAACAUCUACACAGCAUUGUAUUUCCUCUAAACCAAAUAUGGCCACACCCUUUAUCACAUGCGUCAGAUCUCUGGACAUCUAUCAAAGGGUGGCUUGAGGCCAUGACGUUCAGUUCUAUGUUGUGGGGGG